UGAUCGCUGUUUCCGUUGCCGGCGGCUAGACUAAACUGGGAGAAGAAAGAGAGAGGGGAGCGAGAAGGAUGGCCGGUGUGGCUGCAGCGGGGCCCCGCACCAAGACCAAGAAGAAGCACUUCGUCCCCCAGCGGGUGAAGGUGCUGCGGUCCGCCGACCCUCUGCUGGGCGUCUUGGGAUGGGGCAUCAACCACCAGAUCAAUGAACUGAGCCAAGUUCCUCAGCCAGUAAUGCUGCUUCCUGAUGACUUCAAAGCCAAUUCCAAAAUAAAGGUGAACAACCAUCUGUUCAACAGGGAAAACCUGCCUGGCCAUUUCAAAUUCAAAGAGUACUGCCCACAGGUCUUCCGCAACCUUCGUGAACGCUUCAACAUUGAUGACCAGGAUUAUCAGGUCUCGUUGACACGAAGUCCACCCACUUAUGAGACUGAGGGUGGGGGACGCUUUCUUAUGUCCUACGAUAGAACAUUGGUCAUCAAGGAGAUUUCCAGUGAAGAUGUGGCUGAUAUGCAUAGCCUUCUGUCCCAUUACCACCAAUACAUUGUGAAGUGUCAUGGGAGCACACUCUUGCCCCAGUUCCUGGGUAUGUACCGACUCAGUGUUGACAAUGAGGAGAGCUACAUGAUGGUCAUGAGGAACAUGUUCAGCCACAGGCUUACAGUGCACAGGAAGUAUGAUCUGAAGGGGUCCCUGGUAUCUCGAGAAGCUAGUGAUAAAGAAAAGGGAAAAGAACUACCAACCCUGAAAGACAUUGACUUUCUAAACAUGAACCAGAAAGUGUACAUCAGUGAAGAGGCCAAGAGAGAAUUCAUGGAAAAACUAAAGAGAGAUGUGGAGUUCUUAGUACAACUAAAGAUUAUGGACUAUAGCCUGCUACUGGGGAUCCAUGAUGUGCAGCGAGCUGAGCAAGAUGAUGAUGAGGAAGUGAAAGAGGAAGAGGAUGAUGGAGAAGGUGAACCUGCAGUAUCUGUGGGUUCCUAUGGCACGUCCCCUGAGGGCAUCGGCAGCUAUCUCAAUUCCCACAAGCCCCUGGGACCCGGCGACUUCGACCCCUACAUUGAUGUAUAUGCCAUCAAGAGUGCUGAAAAUAGUCCACAGAAGGAGGUUUAUUUCAUGGGCCUCAUUGAUAUCCUCACACAGUAUGAUGCCAAGAAGAAGGCUGCCCAUGCAGCCAAGACAGUCAAGCAUGGGGCUGGUGCAGAGAUCUCCACGGUGCAUCCAGAGCAAUACGCCAAACGCUUUCUGGACUUUGUCACUAAUAUAUUUGCUUAGCAGUUUUGCAAUACUUCUUGAUGGCCAAAGCUUAAGAUCAAAGACUUUCCCGUCCCCUUGUAGUUCUCCUUCACCCUGCCCCCAGUUCUCAGUAAGAGGGAGGGUUUGCCUCCUGCUGUUUGGGUCAGCAGGAAAGUUGGGUUGCUACUUCACAUGAGCCUCACUGUGGCUGGUCAUGGGGAUGGCUGCUGAAUCAAGUGCCUUAACUUUGAUCUUGUUAGGAGGAAUAUGGCCAGGGUACCAAAGUUGUUUGAUGGCUGCUUUUGGAGGCAGCUUCUCUGGCUCUUUAUCAGGAGCAGGAGAAAAGAAGGCCGGCUUUUAAUAUUCUUCCCAAUACCAAACACCUCCAUCCUUUAAACUGUCCCAGCAGUACUGGUUACUCUGGCCAGGGCAGGAUCUCAACUCAUAUGGAGAAUUAAAUGGUAUUUUUAUUCUGAGACAGAAUAUUAUGCAAUAAGAAUUUAGUUCUGUGCCUUGGAAGAAAAGCAGUACCUUUCUCACUGACACUGUCAGUUUCCUUUGAGGGUAUCUGAUGGAGGGACAGAUUUAUCCCUGUGAUACCCACUGGUACUACCUAUGUUUCAAAGUCCCUAUAUGAAUUCUUUACCUCACUUCAUCAGCCCUUGCUGGAUGAUUGUACUAGAUUCCCCUACCUCUAGGGAGAAGGUUUGGUCCCUUCUAGCAAGCAGAAAUCUACCUUGUUUAUGAGUACCCUCAGAGCCUGGCAAUGUAGUUCAAUUCCCCUCUGGCACUGCAGGCUCUUCAAACGUAGUUGCCUACAUUCUGCUCCGUUAUAAUAGAGCCUCUUCCACACCCACUGCUUCCAGCCUUCCUGUGGCACUUUGCCUCCACUCCUCAGAUGGCAGAUGAGAAAUAUUGCAGGGACUGGGAACUACCUCGAGGCUGCCAAUAGGAAUUUGGGAUUGCCCUUGUGUGGCACUUUCCUCAGAGCCUCUGACACAGCAUUUGUCACUGCUCUGCUUCCUGGGACAGAGGGAAAUGCGGAGGUGAAAGAAACAGGAUUAUUUCCACCCUAAUUUCGUUUACUUAACCUUUUCCUUCACUCCAGGGCAUGCUUGCUCAGGUUUAGUAGCUUUGUUCCAUAGCAAGGGUGAGAUCUGUAACAGGCCCUGGGUGCUGUGGUACACCAAAGCUUAGCCUCUCCAAAUGCCUGUGGCCUGUGCCGAGUCUGAAAGCCCUACUCCACGUUUAGGUGGAAAGUGGAGCAGGCCAACUUUUUUUAGGGUUGUUUUUGAGAACAGAAAAAUGUGGGAAUGCCAUGUCUAGUGCUGGGAUAUUUUCAGAAACGUGUGUUCAUGUGUGUGCACCUCUCUGCCCUUCUCUCAAAGGGGCUCUUUUUCCUUCCAUGUAUAUGUGUAUUUAUAUCAAACCGACAAUAUGACGUGGGAAAAUCCAGCCCUUCUGACAGCAGCUAUUCAGAGGGGCUCUUGGGUGGAUGGAAGGUUUUUAUAAGCUUAAGGAGCUGUAUGAUGUAUUAAAGAGGACAAGCCUCUGCAACAGCAUUUACUAAUUCAGCAACUUUUGGCUCCCCAAAGAUCACCAUCCCCUUGCAAUAUGCAUUGGAGUGGGGGGUGGGGGAUGGCAGGAUACAAACAAGGAACUGGAUAGAUGAAGUCCUCACAGGUCAUCCCCCAUACUGUCCUGGUAUACAGUGAGCCACAGGAGCAGUUCUCUUGAGAAAGGGAAGAAGUCCUUAGCAGGCUCUGCUUCACUUUUAGCCUGAAAUGCAGGGCGGUUACGUGAUGCUGUUCUAUCAGCCCUUCCCCUUCUGUCCCACUUGUGUUCUUGGGACUGAUGCCUUUCCUUCUCUUGAGAUAAUAUAGCCCAGCGCCAUGGAAAUUGUGUCCAUCAGGUGUGCGUGUGUGCAUGCACGUGCAUGCCUUCCAGCCCCUUUCAUUGUAUAAGAUGGUGUGUAUUUCCAGUUUACUCAUGUAUCAGUAGAAAUAAAUUAUUGAACCCGAAA